AACAGAAAACAAGCCUAUUAUCAAAAAUUAAUGAAAUUCUUUUUGAUACAUACCGCAGUGAAUUUCGGAACGCAACCAACGUAGAAUUGUAGACUCAUGUUUUUAGCAUUAGCAGUAAUUUUGAAACAUAACCUAUAAACAUAAAUUUAACCUCAAUUCUCUUGCAACCUAAAAUUCAUGCUUUUUUCUUUGAUAUUCAUGUUGAUUUUAUGUAUUUACGUUUGAAAUAUAUGUGUAAUAAAUACUGCAGAUCAGGAAAUCAUAUAAAUUAUCACAAUGGCAUUGUCAAGAGAAUUAUUAAAACGAUUAAAUUCGGAUGACUAUCCUUUGCCGAAGCGAUUGAAACUAGCGGAAACGGCAUUUUGUAUGGUGGAUCUACCACUUGUUCGGAAGGAGGAUCUGUUACUGGAGUGGCUGUGCAAAACGUGUUCCAUGAAUCAACAUGCUUGGAAGACUUUGAAUAACUGUUUAAAGUUUGAUCAUAUCAAUAUCAGGGCCGAUGUAAAACAAUGUUUAGUCGAUAUGCUUGUUCAAACAUUAGAGAGUGAUGUGGAGAAUAUAUAUGAGGAGGUCCUUAAAUGCUGCAGUCUAGUUCUUGCUAACUAUAGUAUGCGGCAAUAUUUUACAAAUAAGCCAAAGAUUCUAGGCCUGUUAAUAAAAGUCUUGCUAAACAACGCACUAAAACAUUUCAGCAAUGUAACACAAAAGGAAUCAAGUCCAUUAUGUGAACCAUGUGAAUUAUCACCUAUAGAAAAUAGUAUUAUAAUAAACAUUAUUGAAAGUUUGAUGCAAAUACAUAAACAGUUGAAUAUAACGAAAGAGGAACUAAAAUUAAUUUUUAUACAGGAUAUUUUGUAUCCUAUGUGUGCUCUGGUCAAUCAUACGCAUACAGAUAAUACAAAUCGGCUUGGUCUAGCAGUGUACAACUGCAUUCAACAAUUUUUACUAGGAAAAAGCAGAUCUAUACGAAAUAAGCCUGAAGAAAGUGGCCAAGCAAUGUUCUUAGACUUGUUUUCUAUAUUAUCUGAACACGUGAAGACAUCGAAUCUUCAGAUUAAUCUUUUGACUUACCAAUUUAUUUUCCGUAUCAUAAUAGGUACUUAUAAAUCGGAUACUGCCUCGAUAGAUAUGUUGUUCAGAAAUCUAAUUAAUUCCUCUGGAAGGUACAAAUGGGAAAUCUUGAAUUCUUUUCUCACAUUACUAAAUGAUGUAAUAUUCGAUUUUGAUAAUGUCGUAGAUGGCGUCACAUUGACCGAGUAUCUUCAGAAUUUUAUAACUGAGAUUUUAACAUAUGACGAUGUAAUACACGUGCAUUAUGGAGUGCUUACACAACUUUCAUAUAUCAAUCCACUUUUGAUAGAGAGAAAUAUCACAGAUAUCUUAAAUAAGAUACUUAUGAAAGAACAGACUGUCGAUUACACAAACUUAUUAAUUGCACUUUUGUACACUAGCGCAAAAUUGAGACGAGAGCAUAAGUUCAUCUCACAAUUAUUAAUAUCGUUGAAGCAGUACACUGCGACCAAGAAGACAUAUAAAAAAAUGGGCACAUGUGCUUUUUUCCCAGAUGAUUUUAAAAUCAAAUUGAUGAAAACGAUUAGUAAUUUUUCCAGUUCACAGACUAUUACAACUCUGAGAACAUUAAUACAUUAUUUAAAUACAGAUUGUGUAGAAUUAUUGCAAUCUGAUACUUCAUGUAAAAAUGUAUUGAUAUUGAAGGCAACAGUAGAAUUACUCAUUACAUUUUUUGAAAGUGUGCAGAUUUUUGAACAUACCAGAAUAUUAUUCAUUCAUGAAAAAUUUGUCAAUGGCUUAGAUGAAACAAGCAAUGCAUUAUCACUGUUGAUAGACAAGACAUUGUAUUUGAGCCAUAACAAAACUAUUAUCAUAAUAUUGCUAAGUGCAGUGCAAGCGUUGAGCGAAAUACAGAAUAUGUUUAAAUAUUAUGUAUUGAAAGAUGACAAAGAAACUACUAUUACAAAGAAACUAUCGUUUCCAAUUUUGAAUGAUCCCUGGCAACAAUUAAUUCAAAGGAUUACCAAUUUCGGAGAAGACAAUUGCAAAAAUAUCAUGAAUAAACUUAUUUUACAUCGACUAAAGCUAGAUAUAUCAAAUAAACCUAUUAAACUUCAUGGUUUAAUAGGUGGUCUUGAGCAUUCUUGGAAUACUAUUUUGAAACACGAUACAGAUAUGCUUUCCUUGUUACAUGAUAAAGAAAUAUCAAAAGUUACACGUUUAUUGUUGGCUGAUAUGACAUCAAGUGAACAGAAUUUUCGUGAAUGGCUCAACAUAUUGGAUAAAGAAUGUCUUCAAGAAAACAGACGCUUUGUAAUGAGCUUUGUAAGCCAUAUUCUUGAUCAAAUUAGACAAAGUUUUUCAUUAACAAUUACUGAAAAAAUCAACGUUAAACUGUUGAUGGAGAAUGAGCACAAUGACAAAUUAUUAGGAGUGUUACAAAUUUUAAAAGAACAGAUAUCUCGGGAACAAUGGUUGCAAGUGGCAAAUAUAACUUCUUUAAAAAUUGAAUUAUAUUUAGAAAUAUUUCUUCAUUUACCGACGAUAUACUUCAGUCUUAAUGUAAGAAUGUUAAUAUUCUUGAUUGUGUAUUUCAUUAGUAGAAAAUAUGAAAAAGAUAACAAAGUAUUGACGUUAUGUAACAUGGUACUUUCAGAUUUAUUGGAGAAAACCGGAAUCAACAUAUUUGAGUAUAUAGAACCAAAAAUAUUAGUGAACCAAUUAUCACAAAAUAAAGCAUUUUUGAAAGCUUGUGAAUUCUCUAUUCGGAAUGUGAAAUCAUAUGCCACUUUAAAAAGCCUUGUGAAAAGUUGUGUUCAAUGCAAGGAAGUUAUGUGCAUUAUUUUGGAAUGUAUAUAUGCUGUGAAACCAAAAUUAGAUGAACAAAAAGCCAUUUUCAGAAAGGCAGAGAGAAAAUUAGUCAAAGCCAUUUUAGAAGUAUUACCUGAGAAUAUAAAUGAUGCUUUGGACAUAAAAUGUUUAACAGUAGUGUUAAAAGUAACUUUUAAAACUGGAAAAGUUACUGAUACUUUGAAAACAUUAACUGAUUUAACUCUUAAAAAUAUAUUCACGGCAAGAGAAAAUUUAAAUAAUAUAAAUAAUAAUCAGCUGUUGCAACAAAGUAUACAAUUAGCUAUUGUUGUUUUACAACAUCGUAAAAUGUUUGAAAUCCAAGAUAUGACCAUACAAAGUUUAUGGCUUGUAAUGUUGAAGCAUCCUUACAAGAAUUUGAUUGAACUUUUAUUAGCAUAUACUAAACUAGAAGACUUUUAUGAGCUUUCAAAACUGUUGCAUGAUCAGAUGCUCAAUAGUUUAUCACAAAAAGAUGAAACAGCUUGGACAAAUCUGUUUGUCAUUUGGAACAGUAUAAUGAAAACGGACAUGAAUGUUAAACGUAAUAAAGUGCGUUUAUGUGCGAUCAACAAUCUGUUUGAAACUGUAUUAAUGUUGGACAUUUCACAUGGAUAUUGGUCAGGAUUGUUACAUUUGUCUCACGAUGUAAUCAGUUCCAAACACUUACUUAUUCCCGACAUUACAGUCGAUCUUAUUACGCUCAUUAGUUUAAAGUCACUCGAAGAAGCGAAUAUAUCAUCGUGCGAAGAUGUGCUUGCUAUAUGCAGAACAUUGAUAACGUUUAAAACAAACUUGAUAAUAGAUAGAUUACCUAAUUUAUUACUAUUGUAUAGACACGUAGUAAAUAUCGUUGUCCAUGCAUCGAAAAAUGUAGCCGAUCAAUUUGACGAGCAUCGAUUUCGAUGUUUCGCGCUUGAUAUCACAAAAUUUACAAGUAUGUUGGUAAAAUUGAAGAAAGAUAUGAUCCGAGUGAGUCCCUACGUAAUCGCCGAUCUCUUGCAAUUGAUUGUAGAAGGCACUAUACCGUCUUACAUUAAGAUGGCUUUGCAAGAAUCUCUAUGCCAGUUAAUUAGCAUUUGUGAUCAGCAUGGACUUGCCUUUUUAUCUCGUACAUUACCAGCAUCAUUACAGGAAAUCUUCAAAGUGCAGUUAAAUUCAUUCAAAAAGUUUUAUAAAUAUUCUGGCAAGAUUUAAGAAUCUCUUUCUUUUUUGAUUGAGUCUAAAAAGUUUAAUUGAUUUUUCUGCAAGACAAAAUUAACAUAUAGUUUUACAAAUUAAAUUUAGUAUUUUGUUAAUUUAUGUAAUUGUUUUUCAGAAAAAUCAGAUUAUGUAUAUAACGUUCUAAAUAAAAAAGUUUGUAACA